AAAUACCUAAUAAAAAAUAUUUAACAUUGCCCAAGAAUUCAGAGAUCUGUCUGCAUUUGUAAACUUAGCUAGGUGGGUGGGACCUUGUCCUGGGAUUACCAUUCUGACCACACAUAUACCUAAAUUAGCUCUGUCCCAAACUGACCUUAGACUCAGGGAUCUGCCUGCAUUUAUAUCUUUCUGACAAAUUGGCUCAUAAUGAAGCUGCCCCUAUGCCUUUAGAUUUGUUGUAUAAAUAUAGCCUGCUCAGUCUAUAUAAUGUUAAACAUAUGUAUGUUUUCAAUACUGACCAUUUGGUCUUAGGUAAUGUGUGUUCUUUCCUGGAGAAGGCUACUUCUUCCUUGCCCAUUAACUUGCUUGGUACAGACUUGAAGAAGAAAUAACGACAGUUAAGAAUAUACAAACUGCAAUUCUACCAUUUAGCAGCAAAGUCAUUGAAUAAGACUAAGAAGUGAACUCCCGCAUAGCAGAGGCAAAAGUUGCGGACAUUUCCUCAGUAGAAGUGGACCCACUGUAGAAUUACUAAUAUGCAUGAUUUUAUGACAUAGGAAAUCCACAUGCUAGGGCCAAAUUAGAAUUAUUCCAAAGACCAUUUAAAUGAGACUGAAGAGGAGACCAGUGAUGUUCAGAAGUAUUACAUUCCAAGGGAGUUUUACAAACACAAGAGAACAGUAAAUGCUGUUGCACUGAGAACAUGCUUUUUAAUAUGGUGAAUUUGAUUUUCACCGGAAUAGAAAUGCUUGCACCUGAAUGCCCCUCUCAAUAUUCUCCUGUGUCAUGGAUGCUAUUGACAUAUAUUUGGAAAACUGAUCUACAUGAUGUGAUAUAUGAAUUUGUUUAACUAAGAAUGUAGUAGAUAAGACAAAAAUUGAAACCACACCUAUUAAGUUUGUGAUCCCCAAUAUCAAAGCUGCAAAUAUUGAUUGUGAGUAUGGUUACUGUGACCUCAAAUUGCUUUGUACAGACUGGAAGAAUAAACAAAACCCUCCUCAAUAUUUCUCAAGAAAUAUUUUCUUUAGAUCUCUUGAGAGCCUAUGGGAAGCCUCUUUAAACAAACAAAUCUGGCUGACAGGGCAAUAUCCCCCUGAGAAAAUGUGGUUGCAUCAUGAGUGUGAUCCAGUCUACAAUAGAUCAGGCUGUCUCUUUAGAUGUUGCAAGAGGAAUGGGUUUCUUUUGGUUAGCCAACUGCUGAGGAUCGAGUACUUCUAGGACCUCCUUUGCUCCAUCUGGAUGUUCAGGAAUGGUACACCAACCACAGUAGGAUCUGAGUGACAAGUUUCACAGAAUGAGGUCAUAGACUUUAAAAGAAGGAGACCUCCUGGAACUAGUUGUGGAACUCUUGGCCAGAAAAAAAUUAUUGAGCAGUAGUUCUCUUGGCAACUUAUCUUUUUUAUCUUUACUAUUCUUUUUCCUAAACAUGAGAUGUUCUUGAUAGCCUAGGCUAAGAUCUUAAGUUAGAAUAAUGGGUGAGAAACUAUCCCUUGAGAUGGAGUUAUAAACCAUGACCUUAUCUCUGAGAAAACCAUGUUAUAAAUCAUCUUGUAUAAUGUAUUGAUAAAUAAAAACUUUCCCAACAACAAUAAAGUUUUAUAUGGUUGUAUGUGGGGCAUUGGAAGUAGGCUUCAGUAUAUUGUUUAAGAACGCCUUAAAUAGAAAGAAUUAAAACAGUUUAAAUUUAUGUUUUGAAGAUUUAUAGAAAAUUAGGAACUAGAUGUUAAACAGUAACUGAUCAUAAAAUUUCAUUAAGUUGUUGUUGGAAAUUUGUCUAGUCAUAGAUGAUUUAUGUAUCUUACUGUGUUAAAUGAUUAUAAUAAUAUCCAUUCUAUCUGGCUGUUUCAUUGAAUUUAUAUUUUUUAAAGUUGAAAUACUUAGAUGAUUUUGUAUUUUACUGUAUCAAAUGAUUAUUUUAAUACCUGUUCUAUUUGACUGUUUCACUGAGCACAGGUUUUUAGGGUUGUAAUAUCCGUUUCUUUAUACAUAAAAACCUUUAUUUAACAGCUAUAAAACAUACUCAGAUUCAAAUUGUAUCUGUGUUUGUUUCUAUAUGUAAUCACCAUAUGCUUACCCACCUAGCCUUGAGAACCCACAUCCCAGAGACCCCCUAUAACCUACUGGGGUCAUCCAUGGCACAGGAAUCUCUACCUUCCUCAUUUUGAUGAGUGUUUGUUGCUUUUUUUGAUUGUGGAGUAGUCACUACAGGGUGGAGAGAGGGGGAAAUGCUCACAUUAAGCCUGUGACACAUUGAUUGACAGCACUAUUGGUGGUGGGUUGUUAACGGCCUAGAAAAGACAGAGUCAUGUUAAGGAAAUCUUGGUCAAGGAAGGAAUCCUUUAAGUUGGAAGUCACCUGUAUCUUAUUUUAAAAAUCAGAUGGAAAAGUUGUAAAUUAUUUAUUUCAUCUGCUUUAUAUAGCUGAUACCAUGAUAAUUAUGUAUCUGGAAUUGGUAAUAACAACUUAUUGGUGGAAAAGAAAUUGACUUACAUUAUUAGCAUUAUUUUAUCAAUCUAGGAUCAAACAGUGGUUAUUAACAUAAGCAGAUUGACCUAUGGGAGGUAGAACCAAUAUGAUUCUUUGAAGCUUAAAAGAAUUUUAAAACAACUUGAAAUUAAUUUAAACAAUUCUGGACUUAAAAACAUAAGCAUUAUUUAGGUAUUUUUGUUAUGAGAAGGGAAUAAGCAUUUUAGUAAAAAAAAAAUAGCAAAAGAAGCAUUACAUUUUUAGGUUUUGGAUGAGCUGUCUUGUUCCAAGCUAUUAGCACCAGUAUUCCAUCCUUGCUGCCAUCAUCUGUAUAUGACCUAGAGGAGGAAGAAAGGCUCUUCCACCAUGGCCAGCUGCCCCCUCCAGGUUCAUGCAUGUAGGUGACUGGCAGAUUUCAUUUCCAUGCAUAUGUGUCCCCUUGGCUGAGUUUUAUGACAACCUGGCAGGUGACAGUAGGAGAGAUGAUGAUACCCUCUGAAACCCCUAGACAAAAAAAUGGAAGAGAAAAGGCAGACUAGACUCUCUGUGGAGCCUUAGGUCUGUCUCUAUCUUUGGUGUGGCUUAAUGAGCAUAAGCAUACCCUGGUGUUUUUGCCCAGACCUCUCUGAGGAUCAAAGCCAAUCUUUAGCAGGACAGGAUCUGAAGAAGUUAGCAGAAAUGCACAGGUUGGACUGAGCAAAUCUCUUCCCCAUGGUAUGAAGGGUAUGGAAGGUAGCACAUAAACCUGGAAGACUUCUUUAUUUAUCUGUUCCUCACAAUGCAAAAAGGCUAUGCUUUGAGCAACACUGGGGGCAUGUACCACACCAUAAAGUGUGGAAAGAGAUGUAGUGGGCCAAUUUGCAGGACAUUCUUUGCCAACUAUUUAAGAGACAUCUGUUCAGGUACCCUAAAGGUCUUUGAUAAUUUGUUUUUAUCUCUUUUAUUUAUUUUUAUCUCAUUAAAAAGGCUUUAUUUUCUUCUUUAUUUCUCCCACCUAAAACAUUAGAUUGCUUGAACCAAAGCUUUCCUCUCCUUUCCUCUGACUUUGUAUUGGCUGAUCCCUAACACAUAAUGGCAACACUAUUUGAGCAACCUCUGUCCUACAUGAAUCUCUACUGUUUUGCAGGCAGCUGCAACAAGAUUUCUAUUUCUACUGUGUAGUCAGACCCAAUACCCUCUAGAAUUACAUGCAUCCCUUUUAUAGCUUCUGCCUAAUAUUAGCAGAACUAUGCUCAUGAACAACAAACAAUAAUCUCUUGUGGGCACGGUGGGGGGUCAGAAUUUAAUAUUACUAAGCUGCAAGAAUCACUUAAGAUAUACCAAACUCAUAAUAUGCAAAGGCUGAACAUUUAUUUUGCAGAUAUUACCAGCAUGCUGGAAUACUCCAUAUAAAUGUGCAGGCUUGCAGGCCCCCUUUUAUGCACAUGUUGGGGAAUUUCAGGGGGAGUGGUAGACCUUUACAUUGAAUUGAUCAGUUGACUUGUAGUACUCUGACGAGGCUUAGCUUACCAGGACCCGCUGAGUGAACAGACAUGUAGCCCGGAAUGUAUGCAAAAAGCAAGAGAAAUGUAUUGUUCAAAUGCGUUGGGGUCAUUUUACACCUGACGGAGAAGUGGUGACCCCGCACAGCUUAUCUGAUGAGCUUCUAUACAGUUUUCAGAGCAACAGCCACUAGGCACAAUAUGAUUGACAGAACAGUGUGACUUUUAAAACUGAUUGGUCUUUAGGGAAUGAGGUGGCAAGGACUUCCCUUGUCUGUAAGUGGCCAAUGGUUGGUCUAUCCUUUGGAAUGUGUCUACAUGCUCUGGGCCUCCCCCACCUGCAAGUGGCUGAUGGUUGGUUGCCCCCUCCCCUUAUGGUCUGAGGGAUAUUAAUUAGCCUUUCCCUUCCAGAGGGUUAAUCUUCCAGGAGGAGUGAUCUGUUGAAAUUUUCCAAAGUUCCUGAGCUAACUCUUCAGGCUCCCUCUCUAGGGGUAGAAGUAAAUCUAAGAUUGGUGAGUUUAGAGGAUAUAGGCAACAGAAAGUUGGAUACAGAAACUAAGAGAAGCUUAAGCCUGAUAAUUCAAUUAUUAUCAAACUAACAAAAACUUAGGCCUAGUACUAUAAGCUGUCAAUUUUCAGUUUGUCAUUGAUUCAGGUUGGCUCAGUCCUCUCAUUUCCCCCUCGAGUAAUGGCUCAUCUUAAACUCUUUGAGAUGUUUCCAUAGACUGGUUUGUUGUUUCAGAAUCAUCAGUUGGCCAGUGGAAAUUCACUCCUUAGUAAACGUGCAUUAAUUACAUAGGGUCCACAAAUGAGUUCAGUUAGCAGGAGCAAGACUGGUCCUUUCUAUGAUGAUAUUUAGCAUAGUUAUCCAGGGGGACCAGGAAAAGAAUGAUUCCUAGCAGUUUUGAUUUUGUUGUCUAAGUUUACCUCUUUUCUCUAGUCUCUGCUGUACCAUGGCCAGGCUAUUUCUGAUAAUGCCUGAGAUGAUUGUGCAGAAACAACGUUGUUCUCCAAAGGCUAGGCAGAGCCCUCUGUGUUCCAAGAACAUUCCUAACCACUUUCUGUUUUGUAGUACUACUUCAGCAAAUGAGUCUGACUGUUCUAGGUAAUAAAUACACUUUUCUUUUUUUUUUUUUUUUGGGUGCAGCGAACUUUAUUGAUGGUAUUCAAUAGAGUAGGGAGGGCUCCCUAGGCCCCUCCUGUUAUUAUGGGGGUCUGGGAUGGAAAUUGUGAGGGAGAUGCUCAGUGUUGGGGGCCGAGUUGGGAUAGGGCCUCUCUCUUGCUCAGUGUCCUUGCUGGGGUGGGUGGUCCAGGGUUUCUUACUCCUUGGAGGCCAUGUGGGCCAUGAGGUCCACCACCCUGUUGCUGUAGCCAUAUUCAAUGUCAUACCAGGAAAUGAACUUGACAAAGUUGUCAUUGAGAGCAAUGCCAGUCCCGGCAUCGAAGGUGGAAGAGUGGGAGUUGCUGUUGAAGUCGCAGGAGACAACCUGGUCCUCAGUGUAGCCCAAGAUGCCCUUCAGUGGGCCCUCAGAUGCCUGCUUCACCACCUUCUUGAUGUCAUCAUACUUGGCAGGUUUCUCCAGGUGGCAUGUCAGAUCCACUACGGACACAUUGGGGGUAGGAACACGGAAGGCAUACCAGUGAGCUUCCCGUUCAGCUCUGGGAUGACCUUGCCCACAGCCUUGGUAGCACCAGUGGAUGCAGGGAUGAUGAUGAUGCAGGCUCUCUGCUCCUCCCUGUUCCAGAGACAGCCGCAUCUUCUUGUGCAGUGCCAGCCUCAACCCGUAGACAAAAUGGUGAAGGUCGGUGUGAACAGAUUUGGCCGUAUUGGGCGCCUGGUCACCAGGGCUGCCAUCUGCAGUGGCAAAGUGGAGAUUGUUGCCAUCAACGACCCCUUCAUUGACCUCAACUACAUGGUCUACAUGUUCCAGUAUGACUCCACCCACGGCAAAUUCAACUGCACAGUCAAGGCCGAGAAUGGGAAGCUCGUCAUCAACGGGAAGCCCAUCACAAUCUUCCAGGACCGAGACCCCACUAACAUCAAAUGGGGUGAGGCCAGUGCUGAGUAUGUCGUGGAGUCUACUGGUGUCUUCACCACCAUGGAGAAGGCCGGGGCCCACUUGAAGGGUGGAGCCAAAAGGGUCAUCAUCUCCGCCCCUUCUGCCGAUGCCCCCAUGUUUGUGAUGGGUGUGAACCACGAGAAAUAUGACAACUCACUCAAGAUUGUCAGCAAUGCAUCCUGCACAACCAAAUAUACUUUUCUAACUGGGCUAUAUGUGAGUCCAUGGGAUUGUAUAAAACAUGAAGAAUCUUAUCCACUUUGAUUAGCACCAGUACCAAUUCCUGAAGCUACAUCUGGCCCAAUUGGCAUUGUAAGCAAGAUUGCUAAGACCCCAGCAUCUCAUUUUUGCCUUUGCUGACUCAGAGCCAUUUCCACAUAGGCAUUGAAAGGAAGGUAAUAAACUUGAGGGAAGAGAAUAACCAACACAUACAAGCUGGAAUUUUUGAGUACCUGUGGAUAAACAUGAGGAGUUAGUUAAUGCAAACCAAGUUCCAUUGUACAAGGUAGGAGUUGUUGUCACCUAUCAUAAGGGUAUGGUUGCAAAAAUAUUUAAGGUGAGUGAAGCUAUGUAGUUUUCCCCUUCUUCCUAUUACACAUAAUCCCUUUCCAUUCACUAUUUGAAUGUUGAGGACAGGGGAACUUCCCCAGGAACAUCUCAGUGGGCUAUUUAGGGGUGUUGACAAAUUUCCUGUGGUAGCCUAGCCAGUAUAGUGUAGGGGCCUGAGGUCCAGGUAAACCUGACAAUCUUCUCUCAUGUUAGUGGUGAAAUUAAUAAACCUAAAGGUAAAAUUUAGCUGCCUAUACAGGACAGACAUGUCAAAUACCCUAGAGAGGGGUGUGAUGGUUGAGAGCAAAACUGGAUUUGUAGGGGAGGAUGGAUCUAAAAUUGAGAAUGAUAUUGAAGUUUUUAGGGCAGUUAUUGGCAUUGACAGGGCCACUGGUUCCAUAGCUGUAAGGGGUAGAUUCAGGUGAGACCAAGUAUUUUUGUAUCUAUAAGAGGAAUCCCUUAUGGUUUCCUCCUCUGUGUUGACCCUAUCAAUUCCCUCAGCACUGGAGUAGUUAGUUGUUCUGCCUAUCUCGAUGAGGUCCCCAACUAUUAUGUAUCCAUGGGGCAUUCAUCUCACAGCUGCAACUUUUGCAAAAGAAGCUUUCUGUACUAUCACAAGUCACAUAGUCAUUUGUCGCUGGACAUGCAUAGAGUCUGAUAGUUCCAAGUUUUCAGUCUUUCCAGUCCUCUUCACAAGUUGCCUUAGCAGCUUGCAGUUCCUUAUAUGACAAACAAGAUGUACAUGUUGAACCCAGAUUUUUACACAUAUAUCUGGCCAGAACAUAAAGGUCUAUGUCAAAAAUGGAAAUGGUAAUACUCACCAGUACAGUCAAUGUCAAGGUUGGUACCUCUCUCCCCAAGUCUAUAAGAGUUCUUCUCUCAGAGCCUUGGAGUAUCUGUUUGAUGGUGACACCCUGAUGGGAGUUAUCAACAGCAGUUGUUACAAGAUGCAAGAUCAGGAUCAAUGAAGCCAGGAUGAGCAGAAUCAGGAUCAAUGAAGCCAGGGUAUGAUUAGCUCUUCAUUGCUCUUAAGUAAGUCAUGUGGAAGUUGUUCUUGGUGGGGCCUCAGUUGUUGGGUUGUUUCUUUUCCAGCCGGUGUCCACAUCUGAAUUCUACCCACCUUCACAGCUAUUGGCAUGGUCAGGAUCACAGUGUGAGAUCCUUUCCAGUGAGGUUCCAGAGUUUUCUGGUUAUGUCUCUUAAUCUAGACCUCAUCACCUAGUUCAAACCAAUGAUGAUUAGGGGGAGGAACAUACUCAUAGACCUGACAAAUUUGGGACAAGGGUUGCUUCUAGACCCUGUGGACAGCUUCCAAGGUUUUCAGGAAUUUGUCUUGGUCAAAUUUAGCUAGAAUGUCAACUGGAGGUUAGGUAACAUGGAAGAAGGACUCCCACAUAUUAUUUCAAAGGGGAUGAACCCUAACAUAUAAGUGGUAUUCCUAGCCUUAAAUAAGGCAUGAGAUAAGAGAUACCCCAUCGCUGCCAGUUUCAAGGGUUAAUUUUGUUAAAGCGUCCUUCAGAUUCUGAUUCAUCCUCUGUCCUGAACCUUGGGGUCUGUAAGCACAGUGUAACCUCUAAUUAGUUCCCAAGAUUUUUAAUAAAGAUUGAGUUACCUACCUGAGAGAGGAAUGCUAGUCUUAUGUCAGACCCCAGAAAGGGGGGUAGACCAUACCUGAGUAUGAUGUCUUCUAGAAUCUUCUUUUCCACUGCAUUAGAAGUUUCUUUCUUCAUAGUGAAUGCUUCUAGAUAUUCUGAAAGGGUAUCUAUAAAAACUAACAAAUAUUUAUAUCCAUAUAUUCCUGGUUUCAUCUCAGUUUAAUCUGUUUCCUAUUUGACCUAAGGCUGCUGGGCUCUAAUUCUAGUUCCUAGAGUUUCUUGGCUGGGGCUGGAGGAGUUCACAGCCUGGCAAGUGGGGCAAUUUGAGAUUACCUGAUCAACCAAGUAUUAAAUAUUUUCUAUUUUGCUCCUUGUAACAACUCUUUCAGUUUCUGGUAGCCUAAAUGUGAGGCUUGAUGAAUUUGAUGCAUAAAUUGUUUAGCAAAUUCCUUGGACAGGAUGGUACAGGCUUCAUUAGUAUGGAACCCUUUGUGUCUUCUUUAAAUUCCUUUAUAUUUGAUCUGAUCUUAUGUAUUUUUCAGUGGAGUUUUCAGGGGCCAUGGUGAGUGCAAUAGAUGGCAGAACGAUCAGAAUAUGUUCAUUGGAAAACAUGGCAAUUUUCUGUGUAGCUUUGUCAGUCAACCUAUAUCCCUACACUGAUUGUGAAGUCCCUAUUUUGAUAUCUGGGAAAAUAUAUUAUGGUUACCUUGAGAAUGAGCCAUAAUGCUUCCAAUAAAGCAAGUAGCUCUUCUUUAUUUUAAGGUGUUUUGGAUUUUUUGUUUUAUAUUUUUUGUUUUUGUUUUUCUGAGUUUAGUUUUGUUUUUUUUUUUUCUUCAGAAUUCAGCAACACCCUCUCUUAGAGUAUCAAUCCAUACACAUGAGCUAUGACAAAAGCAUAUCUGCUGUAAGAAUAGAUAUUGACUAUUGCCUCUUUUGCCACUUUUAAAGGCUGAGUGAGAGAUGUUAGUUCAGAUUUCUGGGUUGAUGCUCCUCAUGGCAAGGCAGUUGCCCAAACACCAAGGUCGAAAUACACCACUGCUACCAGUGGUUCUGUUCUGGGUGAAAUUCCUCCUGUCCAUGAAGUAGAUGCUCAGCAUCUGGACAUGGUAUGACAAUCAUGCAUGGCCUAAGAUUCUGUUGUCCCCACACUAAGGAGCAUUUAUAGUAUAUGCCUAAAGAGAAGCCAGGCAGUAAGAAAAUGAGGUUCAGGGAUCAUAACGGGUUAUAAAUUAUAUGAGGGGGAUUUAGGAGCAGGACUUAAAAAAGCAGAUGAGAGAGAAAGGGAGAGAAAGACAAAGACAGACAGACAGAGACAGAGGAUAGGAGUAGAAGCUAGCUAUGAACAUGUGGAGAGGGGGAGGAGAAUGGAGAGAAAAAGGAAAGAGAGCAAGAGAAGAGUGAGGAAGAGUCAAACAGCCCCUUUUAUACUGACUCAGGCAUGCUGGUUCUUGGCAGGUAACUGUGGGGUAGAUCCUAGAAAGGAAUGCUAGCAUUUCCUCCACUUUGGCAUAAUUAAAGAAAUAAGUUGGAAAGAAGUGAUGGUGAAGCAUGAAUAUGGUCAUAGUGAUCUUUAGCUACUUUCUACUGAGUUUGUGGCCACAUAUCUCUGGGAAACCUGAGAAAAUGGGUACCUGGAUGUUGGUUCAGUCUUAGGAAUGUUGGCUGUUUCCUUGCUGUACAGAGUCUGUGCAACCAUUUGUGGGUAGAUAGGAAGGCACAGGUACAGGAAAAGCAUCUGUUAGAGAAAAUUAGAGCAUCUAUGAGUUGCUUCUCUGAAGUUAUCCUAGAUGUAGUUAACACCUAGACUUGACAAGAUGACAAAAUGCACACACACACACACACACAUGUAUACACAAAUGCAUGCACACACACACACACAUAUAUACACACAC